UGCCCGUCAGCUGACGUCAGGCCGGUGCUGCGAGCUGAUAAAUGCGCUUACUGAUAGUCGUCUGCUUCAGCUGACGGAGGCGAGCAACGGAGACGGGAGCUUUCCCGGUAGCAUUUUUGAAGAGGCUGGUUGCAGCGUGAAUGAUGUCGGCGUACAACGUGUCCCUGACGGGCCCAGCACCCUGGGGCUUCAGGCUGCAAGGAGGGAAGGACUUCAACAUGCCUCUGACCAUCUCCAGAAUAAGUCCAGGCAGCAAGGCAGCCCUGGCCAACAUCAACCAAGGAGAUACCAUCGUGGCCAUUGAUGGAGUCAGCACUGAGGGCAUGACCCACCUGGAUUGCCAGAACAAGAUCAAGUCAGCCAUCUACACAAUGAACCUGAGCCUCCAGAAAUCCAGGCGCCCGGGACCUGUUCCCACCGCUGCUCUGAGAAUGGAUUCUCCCAUGCCAGUGAUCCCACAUCAGAAGGAGCAGGACCUGGAGAGCAGCCGCAGCCCUGGGAGCAGAUACCAGACGUCGACCCCCGAGCAGCGGCCCAGCCUGGGGGUCCUGCCUGCCGACACCCCACGCCCGCCCAACGGCAUCGCCUGGGACUGGUCCGCUGCCAGGACCACCAACAUCUCCUGCAGCUCACAGAUGACCACUUCCUUCGGGCGAACAUCUUCUGGGACCACCUCGAUGUUCUCACCAGCCACCUCUAUGACCCCUGACCACUCACCUCAAGGAGGGGUCAACCUCUCGGCGAGGGUCUCCGAUGCAUCUGGCAUUAAGGGUGCAACACCCACAUCCGCCUCACGGGGGCAGUACAACAGCCCCAUUGGUCUGUACUCAAAGGAGACCUUUGAGGAAAUGAGGAGGCCCAUUGGCCAGGAGGAUGGCAGAGCGGGCAGGGUCUCCGUGGGCGGACUGCUGCCAGGGUACAUUAUCAACACUUCAUCCAAUAGCAACUAUGUGGAGCGCUUCAACCCCAACGUGCUGAAGGAUUCGGUGAUGUCCACACACAAGCCCAUCGAAGUGAAGGGCCCGGGGGGGAAGGCAACCAUCAUCCAUGCCCAGUACAACACUCCCAUCAGCAUGUACUCUCAAGAUGCCAUCAUGGAUGCCAUCGCAGGCCAGGCUCACGCCAGGGGCAGCGACCUCUCCAGUAACCUUCAUGUUAAAGAUGCUCUAGUCGACAGCAGUUCCCCAGUCUACCAGGCUGUGGUCCGUAACGCUAACCAGCACCAACAGACCCACCAGCAGGAGGUGGAUGAAUGGACUCGCAGAGCUGCCAACCUGCAGUCCAAGUCUUUCCGUGUCCUUGCCCAGAUGACUGGAACGGAAUUCUUGCAAGAUCCCGAUGAGGAAGCGAUGAAACGAUCCAGGGAAAAGUUUGAACAUGAAGUUAAAGGCCCGCGCUUUGCCAAAUUACGUAAAUGGCACAAUGGUCUGUCUGCACAGAUCCUUAAUAUUAAAGCUUUUCCUUCCGCGCUUGGGACCAGUCCCAUUGAGCAUGUGCAGACCGCCUGGCCGGCGACCAGCUCCGCCCACCCGGCCCCUCCCCCCGCUCCGGCCGGCCAACCCGCUCUCGCUAACCCCAUGAUGUCGCCGCCCGCCGCUGCCAAUCAGGAUGGUGCCGCCUCGCCCGCUCGCCUCAGAUCCGAUGUCAAGCCACCCAAACCAAGGACUGCUUUAGAGGCGAUUUGCAUCACUCCUCUUUUCAACGCGUCCUAUUUGCCCCAACGAACCCGACCUAGUGCCGUUCCCCUGGGAAAGGCCAAGAUGAGUUGGCAGCAGACGACCUCUUCCUCCCUUAACCAGCAGGCUGAAUCUGCUCACGUCACUAGAACUAGUGACGGCUUCAGAAGCGGCGGCCCCCCGCCCCCAGUGCCUGCCUCCAAACCCAACGUGGUCAGCACGGCAAGCAUCAGACCUGCUCCCUAUCAGCAGCCCAAAGCCCCCCCUGCUCAGGUGCACAGCAGCACGGCUGCAUUCAACGUGGCCAAGCCGGCUGCAUCGCUGGAAUCCGUGCAGCCCCCGGCAUCGGGCAGCCGCCCGCCGUGGGUGACAGACGACACCUUUGCCCAGAAGUUUCAGGCGGGGAAAAGCACCACCACGCUGACCAAACACAUCCAGCCGCUGCCUCACUCUGCUCCGCCCAAGCUGCCGGUGUUGGCGCCGCACCAGCCUCCUGCCCGUGAACCCGCUCACGGCCCGCUGCCCGGCCAGACCGCCGGGGGCAUCCGCAACCUGGUGCAGAGAGCAGAGCGCUUUCCUGCCAGCAGCCGCACCCCACUGUGCGGGCAAUGUAACAGCAUCAUCAGGGGUCCUUUCCUUGUUGCUUUGGGCCGCUCCUGGCACCCGGAGGAGUUUAACUGCACUUACUGCAAGGUCUCCCUGGUUGACCAUGGCUUUGUGGAGGAGCAGAACAAUAUUUACUGUGAGAAAUGCUACGAGCAGUUCUUCGCUCCAAAUUGUGCCAAAUGCAAUGCAAAGAUUAUGGGGGAAGUGAUGCAUGCCCUGCGACAGACCUGGCACACCACCUGCUUUGUCUGUGCCGCCUGUGGGAAAUCCUUUGGGAACAGCCUUUUCCACAUGGAAGAUGGAGAGCCCUACUGUGAAAAAGAUUAUAUUGCCCUCUUCAGCACUAAGUGCCAUGGCUGUGACUUCCCUGUGGAGGCUGGAGACAAGUUCAUUGAAGCAUUGGGAUACACCUGGCAUGAUACCUGCUUCGUCUGUGCUGUGUGCCAUGUGAACCUCGAGGGCCAGCCAUUUUAUUCCAAAAAGGACAAGCCACUCUGCAAGAAGCAUGCCCACGCCAUUAACGUUUAAACGUCAGGGGACCAUCAAAGGAAAGAUCCUGGUGGGGAGAGCACAUCUCAUCCAAAACCAGCAGAGCCAACAACUGCCUUUUAAGUCUUUUUCUUCUUCUAUUUUGUUGUUGUUGUUGUUGUUUUAACAAUGUUUCAAAUAAUUUACCUAAGAUUGUGAGUGAUUGAAAGAAAUUAGUUUCUGGGUGGGAUGUAGUAUCAUCUCACCAGGCUUUGUCAGGCAUACUCACUACUAACAAAACACAUUGCACAUAACUGGAAAGUUUACAGCUUGAUGAAUGAAUGCUAUUCCUCUGAUGCUGAUUUGGUGGCUAUUUUUACUCAAAGCCAGCAGGUUUCCAAUCGAAUGAUAUGUUGUCUAUACCUGCAUUACACGGCCAUCUUUCAGACUGCAUCUGCACUAAAACUGUGUUCAAGCGCCUAGAAUGUCCUUUCUUUUUUUUUUUAAGUGCUCUGCCUGGCUGCUGGAUUUAAUUUGAUACUCUUGGUUUUCAGAGUCUUGUUUGAGUUUGUACACAUGGGUUCAUUGAAGAGCCACACUAACAGUAUUUCAGAAUGUACACAAAAAUGCUGGAGAAACUCAGCGGGUGCAGCAGCAUCUAUGGAGCGAAGGAAAUAGGCCAAAACCCUUCUUCAGGGCCAUUCCAUUCUCUAGGCCCUCACCCCCUCAUCUUCACCCCCUACCUAUGUUCAAGACACCUCAGACACUCUCCGUCGUCUCCGCGUAUUCCAUUCUCUAGGCCCUCACCCCCUCAUCUUCACCUCCGUCGUCAACAAUAUUUCAGAUGCAAUUUCUCAUUUUGAUUCUUUAAGCUAACUGUCAAAGGAGUCAAACGCCUUUGUGUGGGUGUGUAUAAUAUUGGCUGUUCCUCCAAAGCUGUCCAAAAUGUAAUGCCUCCACAGCGUGGGAGGAAGAGGUAGGGUUUUACCUGUAUGCAGGAUGGAGCUGACCGCACAAGAUUCCUGCAGUGUUGCAAUCUCUGAUUCCAUAUUUCUGUUUAAAUAGUUACCCAAAACCUCAACACUAGUCUAGGCAAGGAGCCCCUAUAUCACAAAGCAGCCUGUACUGCUUACUGGUAUUUAAGAAGGAACUGCAGAUGCUGGAAAAUCGAAGGUACACAAAAUUGCUGGAGAAACU